AGGGGUGGGCUGCUGGUGGAACCUUGGACGAGGAGUUCGUGUGCGUGAACCCUCGGUCUCAGUCUGGCUCCGAACCCUUUCUGGAGAAGGCAGGGGAGGUGGCGGCUGACGAUCUGGCUUGCGCAGCCGCAGAAUGGCGGGGGAGAGGGGUGGCGGCGAUAUUACAGAUUGUGAUGACCGGGAAGACAAUUUGUGACCACACUUCCACUGGUUAGGUGAAAGUGCAGCCUUCUGUGAACUACUCCCCCGAGGGAAGGAGAGGAGAAAAAAACUAAGAUGGGCCAACAGUUAAGGACCACCCAGCCUUCUGGGCCCUCCUCCCAUGGCUAAUGGAAAGCCUGGUGAUCCCAAGUCAGCUCUUCACAGAGGUCCUCCAGGAUCAAGGGGACCGAUGAUUCCGCCACUGCUGAGUCUCCCACCUCCUCCCCGGGGUAGAGGCCCUAUUCGAGGAGGCCUUGGUCCUAGAUCUAGCCCAUAUGGUCGUGGUUGGUGGGUUGUCAAUACUGAACCUCCGUUUCCUGGGCCUGGCCAUGGGGGUCCCUCUAGGGAAAGCUUUUACAGAGAGCCAAGACAUCCACGAAGGCUCAAAAGCUGGUCUCUUGUCAAGAACACCUACCCACCUAAGAACAGCCCCCCAGUGAUAGAAGACAAGUCUGACCGCCCCGUCUGCCGACACUUUUCCAAGAAGGGCCACUGUCGAUAUGAAGACCACUGUGCCUUCUACCACCCGGGCGUCAACGGGCCGCCUCUGUGAGACUGUGCCUUCCACCCGCGCUGGAAGGAGCCCUGACAGUGGCCCCCUCGCAGCUACUUGAAGGCCCUGCGUUCACCUUCAGUCAGUGACAUGUCCGCCCCGUUCAUCGUCUCCCCCAUGGGGUCCAGAGUUGUGAUUGUCACUGGUGUGCGGUGCGCAUUGUCUUGUGAUCCAGGCUUCAGAGACUUUUGGGACCCCAUCUUGCUCCCUCCCACUGCCUCCUGGAUCCUCCCCUCUGCCCAGUGACUGCUGAACAGGAAACCAUUGGUGCUGUGUCUUGUGCAUCGCCCACCUGUCUCCCAGUAUUGCCCUCGGUUCCCACGAGCCCUGGCGCAGCCUUCUGUCCUCCAGCUGCUGUUUCGAGUCCUUUGCCGUGAGGCCCCAGUGUUUGCAGCUGCCCGGACACGCACCAGGUUGUCUGUCCUUGGGGUCAGGUUUGAGUGACUGGUACAGACUUGCUUCCUGAACAGCCUCCCCCUGCUUCUGGAUGUCCUAGUUUCUUGUCAUUAGCAUGAGCCCCGCCGCUAAGGCCUGUGGUCACUGUGCUUUGUGGAACUGUGCAUCCCCUCGUAGCCUUCCUGAGUGUCCGUGGCAUUUUUGUGGCUUCCCAACACUAGAUAAGUCUUUCUGCCAAAUGGAGCAAGGCUCUCGGUGCCCUCUAGACCUCACCUACCUCCCAACACGGGAGAAUGUGAGACUUCCUCAGACUGCCUUCCUGUCGUGCCCCCUCUUCUGGUGUCUGGCACAGGCCAGUGAUGUCUUGUAAAGCCUGGGGCGGGCCUCCCCACGCAGCCUCUGCCCGGCUCAUUUUAGUUAGGCCCUAUCAUUGUGAGGCCACCAGCCCUUCCAUUUGAAUUCUGUGAAUCUCCACCUGGCCUUGGCUUGUCUUUGGGUGGAACCUGGACAGUACUGUCACCUCUGACCCUCACAUCCUGGCACUGGUUGUUUUCUGUGAAAACAGCAGUGAACUUGGGUUUUGAGCUGGCCCUAAGGAAGUGGGUCAGGAGGUGUAUGGACAAGAGGAGUGAGGAGUUGGAGAACUAAGGAUGAUUUUUUUUUUAAUUUUUUUUUUAUAUUAGUAAUAAACACAGUGGAAACCGGCA